CUUAUUGAGGAACUAAAAUCGUCUAGUUCUUCAUGUAGUACCGCAUCUCAAACUGAAUAUAUCAUGAGUCCAGGUAAUUUUACUGAUUUAUACAAUGCAAUUAUUAAGGCUGAGGAGCAAAUUGGAAGCACAAAUCAAGAAGUUAUUAGAGCAUAUUUUUUGUUUGGAAAGAAGCUUAAAGAGAAGUUGGCAGAAUAUAUAAAAACUAAUAAAGAGUGUAAAGCCCAGAGAUUGCUUAUCAAAGAAGUGUCAGUGCAACUAUCAUUUGAUCUAUCGAAGAAUGCAGUAGAAAAAAGAAUAGAAAGAGUGAGAAAAAUUUAUGAUCUGUUUACUACAAUUGGUGAGGAUAAAAUAGAAAAGGUUAAGUCGUAUUCAGCAUUGCGAAUCUCCAAGUUAAACUGGGAUGAGAUUGAUGUUAUAGUAGAGAAAUUCGAAUUCUAG